AUGAUUGGAAAGACUUUGAUUGUAGCUUGUUGUAUGGCUGCGUACCCACCAGUGGCACACUUCGAUCCGACGUCCGUGUGUUCGGGGGCGAAGACUGACGAUGAGGUAGCUACAUGUGUAAUCGAGAGUGUGGAGAAUGGUACGGAGUUUAAUUACUUCUUGCCGAAGAAGUUUGAGUCGUUGACGAAGCCGACAGUGUGCAAUGGCUCAGAUAGCCGUACGUUCCUUUCGGUAGAUUACAAGCAGCAAAAGGUGACGGCUGAUAACAAAGGACUGCGCAUGCCGCCGUAUUCCGUUACUCUCCAUCACCUUCCGGCGAGCGUGUCUGCCGGGGGGACUGUCGGCUCUUGUGUACCCAAACUCUACAUCGCCGACCCGACCAAAUCGUGUCCUACAACCGGCGAGCUCGCCUUGUACCCGGGCUCGCUGUCAGAUGAAGCAUCCAACACCUGGGAUUUCGUCUUGCAGUCGCCUCCUGCUGCAGCAGACCCCGACGCAAACGACGCGCUGAAACUACUCAUUGCUGACGCCGACUGUCAACCUGACGAAGCAUACCUCGUCUACGGCAUCGGCAACUACGCUGCUGGGAGCACCGCAGCGAUCGUCGUCUCGCUGGCUACUGGUCUCAGUCUAGCCAUGCUCUAA